AUGGUAUUUGUUUCUGUGUGUUUUCGGUGUUUUUUCUUGUGCUUGCUUGUUUUUUUUUGUGACGUUUUUAUAUCAUGCUGUUUUUACUUAAUCGGGCCACAGAAACUUCCCCCAAAAAAAGCCCUCCGAGCUCCCCAAUCCCCCGGGUUCCGGGGGGAAGAACUCCCGAACAAAAACCCAUCUCGGGCUUUUGUUCGGGGGGUUUCCCGGGGGGGGUCCGGAGCCCCCCGGGGGGGAUCCAGACCCACACCGGACUCGGCCAGUGGGGUCCAGGCCACGCCGGUGGGUCACUCUCAGGGGCGCGAAGGUAACAGCGGCUGCCCUCCUCUCCCAGGGGGUUGGCCGGUGGGCCCAGGGGCGAGAGGGCGCGAAAAGCACCUCGCGCGUCGCGCAGCGUUGGCGCGAUGCUCGACGUCAGGUGGCCCAAGUGCCGCUCUUUGGCCGUCUGCGUCUGCGCCGUCGGCAGCGGUCGACGCCUCGCUCGGAGUCCUGCUCGCCUACCUCCGCGGCGACGGCGGGGGCCUGGAGGUCCGGGCCUCGCUGAUCCCCGGGGCGGGGCGGGGCCUCUUCGCGGCGCGCGCCUUCGGGGAGGGGGACCUGCUCUGCGUGUACUCGGGGACGCCCGUGCCCCUCGCGCAGGUCGUGCGCCGCGAGGUGAGCACGGACUACCUCAUGGGCGGUUUCGGCCUCUACAGCGUCGACGCCUCCGCCCACCCCGAGGUCCUCGCCAGGUACAUCAACGAUCACCCCGAGGGUGGGAGGCGGAACGCGCGGUUCGUGAAGCUCAAGCAGCAGCGCCGCGCCCUCGUGCUCGCCUCGCGGGCCAUCGCCGCCGGCGAGGAGAUCUACGCGGGGUACGGGGAGGGCUACUGGCGCGCCCGCCCAGGCGCCAUGGCCGCGGCGGGCGGCGCGGAGGCUGCCGCCAGCACCAGGCCAGGCCGUGAGCACGGGCGCCUCUGCGACGACGCGGCGGCCCCGCGCCCGGCAGAGGAGCCCCCCGGCGCCGCGGGGCCUUGA